UCCUCGUCAAUACUCAAAACCCUAACUUAAAAACUAAAACCCCUAGAGACAGAUCCUUUUACUCCAGCUCCAUCAAUGGCGGAACCUCAACCAUCCAAGACGUUCCCUGUGAAACCCAAGCUCAAACCUAAGCCUAGAACACCGAAACAAACCCCGGAAUCCAAAUACUGGUCCUCCUUCAAGUCCCAACAAAUCCCAAACCUCAUCUCAUCGAUAACCUCUCUCACCUACUCCCCUUCUUCCUCUCAUCCCUUCGCUGCUACCCACUCGGCGUCUCUCACCCUCUUCAGCUCCCAAACCUUCUCUCCCACCGCCACAAUCUCCUCCUUCUCCGACGUCGUUUCCUCCGCCUCGUUUCGCUGCGAUGGCCUUCUCAUCGCCGCGUCUGACCUCUCGGGUCUGGUCCAAGUCUUCGAUGUCAAAAGCCGAAACCCACUGCGAAAACUGCGCUCCCACACACGCCCAGUUCGAUUUGUUAAAUACCCAGUUGCCGAUAAGCUCCAUUUGAUAUCCGGUGGCGACGAUGCGCUUGUUAAGUACUGGGAUGUAGCGGGUGAGACCCCGAUUUCGCAAUUGCAGGGCCAUAAGGACUACGUGAGGUGCGGUGAUUGCUCACCGGUGAGUUUGGAGAUGUUUGUCACUGGGUCCUAUGAUCAUACUGUGAAGCUUUGGGAUGUGAGAGUAACUGAUUCGAGGUCAGUGAUGGAAGUCAAUCAUGGAAGUCCGGUAGAAGAUGUAAUUUUCUUGCCCUCCGGAGGUCUAAUUGCGACAGCCGGUGGCAAUUCCGUCAAGAUUUGGGACGUGAUUGGUGGUGGGAAGAUGGUGUAUACCAUGGAAAGCCAUAACAAGACUGUGACUUCGCUUUGUGUUGGAAAAAUUGGAAAAGACAGUGGGGAGGAAUCACAGCAAUAUAGAAUUAUGAGUGUGGCAUUGGACGGGUACAUGAAGGUUUUCGAUUAUGCGAAGAUGAAGAUUACUCAUUCAAUGAGAUUCCCGGCACCCUUAAUGUCGGUGGCGUUUUCGCCGGAUUGUAGGACCAGAGUUAUUGGAACAUCAAAUGGAAUCAUAUAUGGAGGAAAGAGGAAGACAAAGGAGGAAGCUGUGGAGAGUAACUUGGGGGAUUUGAUGGGUUUAGGAUCGGUAGAGGAACCGCAGAGGCGGGUUUUAAGACCUUCUUACUUCAGGUAUUUUCAUAGAGGGCAAGGAGAGAAACCAACUGAGGGAGAUUACUUGGUUAUGAAACCAAAGAAAGUGAAAUUGGCUGAGCAUGAUAAGCUGUUGAAGAAGUUCAUGCAUAAGGAAGCUUUGGUUUCGGUGUUGGGUAGUAAGAAUCCAGAGAAAGUGGUUGCUGUAAUGGAGGAAUUGGUGGCCAGAAGGAAAUUGUUGAAAUGUGUUUCAAAUUUGGAUAUAGAGGAACUUGGAUUGCUGCUGGUGUUUUUGCAUAAGCACUCAACCAUACCAAGAUACUCGGCCAUGUUGAUGGGUUUGACAAAAAAGGUUCUUGAAAUUCGAGAUGAAGAUAUUAGAGGUUCUGAUGCCUUGAAGUUUCAUAUUAGAAACCUUAAACGUUCUGUUGACGAGGAGGUGAAAAUCCAACAAUCUUUGCUGGAGAUACAGGGUAUAAUCUCUCCUUUAUUGAGGGUUGCUGGAAGAAGAUGAAACUUUUAUCGCAUUUUUUUUUUUUUUUGGUUAGCUUUCACCUUCAUCUCUCUCUCUCUCUCUCUCUCUCUUUUUACAAGAAAAUUUUGGCCAUUUUGUGUUCGAUCUAAAUUAUUCUAUGUAUUUUCGUCUUAACAUUUUAAAGACAUUUUGUAUUUCAUGAGGAGAAUUGAGAAAUCUAAUAUCAUAAUUGUUAUUUUCCCUGUCAAA